AUGACAGAUCACAGCAACCAGAUCGGCGAAGCCGGUCUUCACCAUCUUCCCUUCCGCACAAAGGAAUCUCACCACAAUGUCCCCAGGCGACUUGGAAAAAGAGUCCCCGAAAGUCUCAACUUUACUCGUCUUCGCUCACCAACCGAAUCAUCCAUGAGCAGUAUUUCUUCAGCGAAUGUUCCUGAUUCUGCGACUACUCACUCUCUUUCUACGCUGGCUAGUCCGAUAAGUACGACGUAUGCUGCUUCAAUUCAAGAACAGUUUGCGGCGGCCAAGUUGGACGCCGAAUCCAGGCCUGCGAGUCGGAUAUGUCAUCGACAUAAUCCGAGUAACGGCACUUGUUCGACUUUUGUGAAUGAGGAUGAUGAUGCAUUUGUUACCGGGUAUCCGGAAUUUGAUAUCAAGAUUCGGGGGAUGAAUGAGAGGGCGCCUGUUGAGAUUCGUCCUGCGAGUCCUGUCAACUCCUUGAUCAAAGAGGAACGAGUUCUCACACCUACGGAAUCUCAUCAUACGGAUACAGACUUUGACGCCGAUGAUGAAGACUCUGAGGCUGUCACACCCGAAGACGCAAACUUAGUGCUCAACUACGCUCUACAAGUAAUCUACGGCGUCGAUCUAAACGACACAUCAAUUCCCCAAUCCAAAGUCCACAGCCUAGUAUCAAACUUUACAAAAGAUAUAUCACAACAUAUCUGGCAAUCUGCCUCCGACGGCCAAUUAUCCCACACAAUGUCCAUGUCCAGCUCGUCAUCCACACCCUCCCAAGACGCUGACCGCCGAAACAAACGCAAGAAGGCGGGUAAACGUGAAGACGACGGCGAUGAGUUUAGUGAUGGUGAAGGCUCUGGUAUUCUACCAGCGAAGCGUCCGAGACCUAAUCCCAAGGAUGAUGAGAAUUUGAGACUGAGCUGUCCUUUUCGGAAGAGGAAUCCUCAUCGGUUUAACGUGAGGGACCAUCACAGUUGCGCGAUGACUUACUUCCCCAAGUUUGCUGAACUGAGACAACACAUCGUCAAGCAGCAUAAACGCGAUGAUCCCUCAGCGUACGUCUGCGAUCGCUGCAGUCGAGAUUUCACUACCCGCAAAGAACUCCGUGACCAUCAGCGUUUACCAAAAGAGUACAUGUGCGAUAUCGCGGACGCAGAUGCCGAGAGCGGGAUUGAUCCUCAAACUGCUACGAAGUUGCUUAGUAGGAAGCGAGCUAGUGGGACUUCACCUGAGGUCCAGUGGAGGGAGAUUUGGAAUAUUGUCUUUCCGGAUGACGAUGAUAGUGAUGUGAGGCCUUAUGAAUACACACCUGUGAUUGAACAUUUCGAGAUCUCAGCUAGAUACAAAGAAGCAUUCGAAACCCUCAAAUCAGACCUUAUGGACAAAAUCUCCAACCCAGCAACGCUGGAAACGCUCUCAACAAAGUUCUACCAAUGUUUCGUCGAAACACUAGACACAUGCAUCGCCAACGCACAAAACAUGCCCUACACAAACCGAAGCAACAAAAAGAACGAAAUAAUACGAUCGCAACCCCCUCAAACCCUCAUCCAGCGCAAGAGCCGUGAGAUCAUGCCCCGUCCGGACUCUGGUGUGAUACUAGACGAUGGUUCGGAGAGCAGUAGUCUUGGUCAUAGGGAUAGUUUGAGGAGUAGGGAUAGUUUAAGAACGGUAGGAAGGGGAAGUAGAGUUCCUGAGACGGUUGUUGAGAUUGUUACGCCGACGACUGGGUUUGAGCCUUCUAUGCUGGGACAGAUGGAUGUUGCCGACGUCGCGGCUUGGAAUAAUGGGGUGAUGUAUCAGCCGAUGAUGGGUGACCAGAUGCCCAUGGGGCAGCCGGAUUAUAUGAGCUGGGGACAGAUGUAUCCUGGGUUUGAUACGCUGGGUAAUGGGUUCACGGGAUUUAAUGGACAGCAGUAA